UGCUAUGUCAGCUAUCUGCGCAGAGCCGGGGCAGCACACAGAGGGAACAUGCACGCAGCUGACUGUUAUCAUCAUUGAACAAGAGCAGAGCACCACACUGGUAGCUACUGACAACAAGAGUGAGACGCACCUGGCACUGGCUGCUGUCAGAAGACAGGAUACUGGACUAGAUGGACUCUGUCUGACCCACUAUGGCAGUUCUAAUGUUCAACAAAAAAUGACUUUUGCCGCUGAGAAAGAUGUUAUAACCCACACACAGAGGUGAAAGUAAGCCGGUACACCCAGACUGCAGUGAUACCCUCCCCACCCCAGGACUCUGGAGCCUUUGGAGGAGAAAGAUCCCAGGAGCUGAGGAUGAAUCCAGGGGGUGAGCAGCUGGCAGGAAAGAGCCCUAGCACCUCUUCUGGGAACGCAGUUCCCAGAGACUGCCUGAGAUGCUGAGGUUUCGAUGCUGAGCACUACAUGCUGUAUUACGGAGCUGCUCACCUUGGCUCAUGGGGAAACUGCAGAGUAAAAUCAACUGCAGCACCUCCAAAUACAGGCCUGAUGAUUAUGUGGAAGAGGACAGGCCCGCGCAGGCUGUUCAGCAAUACACCCCUGCUCACACUGGCGCCGUCACUUCUGUGGCUGCUCUAACAUCAGAUCUCUGUGUGUCGGGAGGAAAGGACAAGACCGUAGUUGUGUAUAACUGGAGAUCGGGAGCAGUGCUGAGGAGGUUCGUGGGACAUCAGCACGAAGUGACUAAGGUGGCCUGUGUCUUUGAAUCCAACAGUUUUUUCAGCGCCUCCCGUGACAAGACAGUCAUGAUGUGGGAGCUACACAGGAACUCAGGGCCGAGCCAGCACUUCCCAGGACAUGACUUGGUUGUAACUGGACUGGCGGUGAGCCCAGACUCUUUACAGCUGUGCACAGGUUCACGGGACAACACCAUGUGCAAGUGGGACAUAGAGACCGGGGAGUGUCUGCGGAGAGCUGCCAUCUCCAGGAAUCUGGUAACACACCUGUGCUGGGUUCCUGCAGAGCCGUAUGUCAUCCAGACGUCAGAGGAUAAAACAAUCAGGAUCUGGGACAGCCGGGAGCUGCAGGUGGCCCAUAGGUUCCCGGUAAAGCAGUAUAUUCAGACCUACUGUGAUGUAAGCCAGGAUGGCCGGUACUGCAUCAGCAGCAGCAAUGGCUUUGGUGGGGAGGGCUGCGAAGCCACACUGUGGGACCUAAGGCAGACAAGAAGCCGCGUGCGUGAGUUCAAGGGGCAUUUCCAAACCACAGCAUCCUGUGUCUUCCUUCCCAAGGGUCUAGGUCUGACCCCAGUCGUUGCCACUUCAUCACAUGACUGCAUGGUGAAGGUCUGGAACCAAGACAGCGGAGCCUGCCUGGUCACCUUGUGCCUUGAUGGAUCUGGACCCCUUGCUUCCCUGGCUGUCUGUGACAGCUCCACACUUCUCUGUGCCAGCUUCAACUCGGGAAUUCACUUACUCAGGAUAAACAGCAUUAAAGGGCUGGAGCUCCAGGAGGUGGCAACAUUCUGAUUCGUAGUGACCCUUUCUGCCCCAGACCAUCAUGGUCAAAAUCCAAAGCAGGAAUUGCCUCUCUGGUUAAGAAGUCUCUCGGUCGCUGGUACUCAUUUCCCGGCUGACUAGGUUUAAUGGCCAGGCACCUGUAAUAUCCCUAGCCCCAAAUCAGCAACAGUGCAGAGCCAGCAGGGUCAUCAGGUUCCAGUUUCUGAGAUUAUGGAAACUAGCUGCAUCCAUUUUUAAAGCCAAGUCAUAGAUGCAUUUAGGCCAAAUUUUAACUUGAAAUAAGCCUUGCACAUUUGACACACAAAAUCAAAAGCAAACUAGUUAUAGGUCUAACAGUUAGAUGAGAAAAAGAGACACAAGCAGAGACUCUAGUGAAACAGGCUGCCGGCCUACAGGGAAGUGUGUUUCUGGGAACAUCCUGCUGACCACAGUGGGGUAGCCUCCAUCCUGUCGUGCAAGCAUCUAUUCCUUGCUAUGCUGCACGUUUCGUUGCUUUUCUUGUUACAAAGAGCCUAUAAAAGAAGGCCUGGAUGCUUGUCAGCAGAGGUAAGGAAAAAUCAUGGAUCGUUGUCCCUCCUCC